AUGAUGGAUGUUUCAGUGAAUUCUGACUACAGUGGGUUGCCAGCGGAGAAUACUAUUGAGAUACCACUACGAGGAGGAGAUGAAGUUAUAGAACUAGAUACGGAUCAGUUACCUGAUGGUGAAGAAGUUCUUAACAUACUCAAUCAAGAGAAGGCCCCCUUGCAAAUUUGGAUUAAUGUUGCUAUCGCUUAUUACAAAAAGAAAUUGUAUGAUGAUUUUGAAAAAGUCCUUGAAGAAGCUUAUCGUAAUGCUGCUGACCUACAACCAUAUCAUGAUAGUGACUUAGUUCGAUUGUUGGAUAUGCUUGCGAACUAUUACGGUCGGAAGGCUUAUAAAGAAAAAAGUAAGGAUAAAAAGAAUCAAUUGAUUGCUCAUGCCACUAGACUUUUCACUUCUGCUGAUAGAAUUGAUAUGUAUGAUCAAAAACAUUUAUUGGGACGAGCUUUCUUCUUUAUAUAUGAAGGUGAAAAUUGGAGUCAAGCUGAUAGUCAAUUAAAUUUUGUAUUGAAUCAAGGUGCUCCAAGUGUACCAGCUUAUUUAGGCAAAGCAUGUAUUGCAUUCAAUAAAAAAGAAUACAGAAAUGCAUUAGGAUUUUAUCGUAAAGCAUUACGUUUACAACCAAAUUGUCCAGCAACUGUUCGUCUUGGCAUGGGUCAUUGUUUCUUUAAGCUUGGUAAUAUGGAGAAAGCACGUUUAGCAUUUCAAAGAGCUUUAGAUUUAGAUUCAGAAUGUAUAGGUGCUUUGGUUGGACUUGCUGUGUUGGAUUUAAAUGAGAAAACUCAAGAAUCAAUUAAACAAGGAGUUCAGAAGUUAUCUCGAGCAUAUAAUCUUGAUCCAACUAAUCCUAUGGUAUUGAAUCAUUUAGCAGAUCAUUUUUUUUAUAAAAAAGAAUAUGCAAAAGUUCAUCGAUUAGCAUUACAUGCUUUUUAUAAUACAGAAACUGAAUCUAUGCGUGCUGAAAGUUGUUAUCAAAUGGCUCGUGCAUUUCAUAUGCAAGAAAAUUAUGAUAAUGCAUUCCAAUAUUAUUAUUUAGCUACACAACUUGCUUCAUCAACAUUUAUUCUACCUUUCUAUGGUCUUGGUCAAAUGUAUUUACAUCGAAAUGAUCUGGAACAUGCUGCUAUGUCAUUUGAACGUGUACUAAAAGAUAAUCCUAAUAAUUAUGAAACAUUAAAAAUACUUGGCAGUUUAUAUGCUCAAUCGAAUAAACCUGAUAAAAGAGCACAAUCGAAACAGUUAUUUAAGCAAGUAACUGAAAGUCAACCUGAAGAUGUAGAAGCAUGGAUUGAAUAUGCUCAACUGUUAGAAAACAAUGUAAAUGAAGCUUUAGAGGCAUAUUCAAAAGCAUUGACAAUUUUACAAAAUAUCCAAUUAGAUAUUGCUCCAGAAAUAUUGAACAACAUAGCUACUCUUCAUUUUAUGAAAGGUGAAUAUGACAAAUCGUCUGAAUUUUUCACACGUGCAUAUGAUCGUAUUCUUGAAGAGCAGAGACAUGAAGAAAAUGAAUCUGCUGAUACCACUGGUGGUGGUACUAUCUCAUCCAAUGAUGAUUAUUAUCAUGGGCUAGGUGUUACUGUUCGUUAUAAUCAAGCAAGACUUCAUGAAGCUCAAGGUAGAUCUGAUUUAGCUGAAGAAAUUUAUAAGAGUAUUCUACUUCGACAUCCAAGCUACAUUGAAUGUUAUAUUCGUUUGGGUUGUAUUGCACGUGAUCGAGGACAAAUUCGUGAUGCUUCAAUUUGGUUCAAGGAAGCUUUAGAUGUGGAUCAGGAUAAUCCAGAUGCUUGGAGUUUAAUUGGAUUGCUCCAUUUAAGUAAGAAUGAAGUAGAACAAGCUCAAAAGAAAUUUGAUCGAGUUAUUAGACAACCAGCAUACAGAGCAGAUGCUUUUGCACGUAUUUGUUUAGGCAAUAUCUGGCUUACCACUUUACAUCAUCCUAUCAGAGAUAAAGAUAAGCGUAAAAGACAUCAGGAUCGAGCUUUAUCUUUUUACAAGGCUGUUUUAUGCGCUGAUCCACGAAAUAUUUGGGCUGCUCAUGGUAUUGGUUGUGUUCUUGCGCAUAAAGGAUUUGUUAAUGAAGCACGUGAUGUAUUUGCACAAGUUCGAGAAGCCACUGCUGACUUCCCAGAUGUAUGGAUUAAUAUUGCACAUAUUUAUGUAGAACAAAAACAGUACACUGCUGCUAUACAAAUGUAUGAAAAUUGUAUCAAGAAAUUUUCUAGGCAGAAUAAUACAGAAUUGUUACAGUAUUUAGCCAGAGCUCAUUUUAAAGCUGGUCAAUUAAAAGAAUGUAAAACUAUGCUAUUGAAGGCUCGACAUGUUAAACCAUGGGAUCCUAUACUCACAUUCAAUUUGGCUUUUGUUCAAAAAAGACUAGCAGUUACUGUAUUACAAGAUGAAACUAGUAGUUUUUCAUCUGUUUGCGAAGCGAUAGCUGAUUUAAAUAUGGCUAGAUGUACAUUUAAUCAUUUAUCAAAAUUGAAUGAAGUCUUAAAUCAAGCUAUGGCGACUGAUGAAGCUCGUAUUUGUCAAGAUUUACUAAGUCAAGCUAAAUAUCACCUUGAUAGAGCUAAAUCACGUGAAGAACAAGAACGUGUUGUUCGAAAACGUCAGGAAGAGGAACGUGAAGCACAACGCAGACGUCAAAUGGAAUUACAACAACAGGCUGAACAAAUGAGAAUCGAUCGUGAACGACGGUUAGAAGAAGAACGUGGGCGUUUCUUAGAGAAGGCUAAACAGAUAAUAAUUGAACCGGUUUCAGAGGAAAAGAAAUCACGUCGUUCUGGUGGUGGUAGUCGAAAACGAGAUGACUUCAUUGCUUCUGGUGAUGAAGAAAGCAAUGAUAGUUCUGGUGAAGCUAUUGAUCGUUCAGAAAACCCUGAUGAAAGUCAACCGAAACAGAAAAAAGCUCACAAACGUCAUAGUUCAGACUCGAAGAAUGAUGGUGGUAGUGCACUGCGUAAAAAAUCUCGAUUAUCAAGUUCACGCGAUGAUGGAUUAUCAGCUAAACAACGAAUGAAAGUUGUCAGCAAAGCUAUUGUCUCAGAUUCAAGUGAUAGUUCAAGCAGCAGUGAUGAUGAAGAGGAACAUAUUUAGAAAACUAAGGUAUCCAAUGAUCAAACAUUAGGUGAACAGUCGUGUCUAACAUCCACAGUUUUCAAGCUCCAAAACAAAAUAUAUAUGGACAAACAGAAGAAGUGGCAAUGGAAUUACCUAUAUCUCAAAUCGUAGAAGAAAUAUUCAUGGUCAGUUGGAAACAGUUGGCUUUUCGGAUGUUCAAUCCUACUUCUAAGAUAUAGAGGAUGACACAUUUAUCGUGUUGAAGUCAGAACAUAUCGACAGUUUCUUCACAUAUAUAAACUCACUCGUGGGUGGAAUUUAGUUCAUUAACGACUCAGAAAAUUAACAAGAACUAAGUGUGCUGGAUUGCAAAGUAAAUUGAAGAACACGAGAUGGUUUAGAUGCUACAUUCAUACGGAAACAAUACACUGAGAGGUAUCUCGACUUUAGGUCAUCUCUCAUUUAAUAUCAGUUAAACUGGGUUUAUAUAAUAAUACCGUUAGAAGAUUAACUAGUGAAUCGAAAGGAAUCAAUAAUUACCCUUUUGAGUUUGUUGAGAAACUUGUAAUUGAUAAGAAACGAAGUAGUAUUAGUAAUUAUGGAUGGUAAAAACAAUACAGAUAGAAGAGAGUUUAAGGCAUUUAUCAUGUUAUCAGAUAAAGAAGGAACAUUAGAAACUU